UUAAUGCUUUCUUGAAGAUGAUUUCAGACACACUGCUGGGAUACUGCCUCUACUCGCUGAAGCAGAAUCCUCUGAAGAGUUGCUGAGGCAGAACUGAAAUCAUGGCUCACCUCAAAGAAGCAGCAGUAUUGGCCGUUAAUGAUGCCUCACACAGAAAGACGGUGCUCCUUUAACUCGGGGUUUUAAUGGGAAGUUUCUAAGCCUGAAACAACAGCUUUAGACCUGGGGUGUGCCAUCAGCUGCCUUGCAGCUACCACUGUCUACUGCUUUCACACAGCGUGGUCGGGAAGAAUGGAGACUAAAGAGGCUUGUAACUACCUGUAACUGUUCCACCAGGAAAUGGAUCAAGUGUUUGUUCAGCCAGAGCCAGAUUCCACCCAUCAACACGGAGGCCAAGGAAAAUUUAAUGAGCCAAAUAACUUAUGGCUCUUCAAAUUACAAGAUCUGUGGGUUUUAAGGUGUCAUUGUGACUUGAACUAGCUGUGAUUCUUUCAAACAAGACUUACUUCAAAUGUGAUGGUCCAGCACCUCAGUCCGACUUGAUGACUUGUGCUUUUGUUUUUCCUCUCUGCAUCAGUUAGCUGGCACCUCGGAUUUUGAAUUCAGUUCCCUGGACUGUAAGGGGUUGAAGAUUUGAUUUAACCUAUAUUUAAAAAGGAAAUGAUCCCAGAACAGCAAAUAAUUCCUCAAGGAGCUUAUUGUAUAAUAAGGAGGAGAUAAACACUCUCAAGACUUGCACUGUAAUCAGUGCUGCCACCGAGUACAGGUGAUGUCUCUGGAGAUGGAGUAAAAAACACCCCAUCCUUGGUGAAGGGAGACAAAGAAGGCGCCACCGAGAAUAUUAAAAUUAGACUCUAUUUCCUGAGCACCCACAAAUGGACCUGACAAAGGGAAGACACAGAUGUACUGCGUGAUGAGGAAAGCCUAUCAGGAUUAAAAUAUGGCUAUAACUCAGCCUCUCCAGAGUGCAGCCACCAUGACCUCCGCAGAUUGAUGAUGGAAGAAAAGAAAACCAGGAUAUCCUGUGCUCUGGCUUCCCUGGACCAUGGAUGGAGGACAGCCCAUCCCUUCAUCCCUAGUGCCCCUUGGGAACGUAUCAGCAGAUUCUAGCAUGUCCCUGGAGCAGAAAACGACAUUUGUUUUUGUGAUUUUGUUGUUUAUUUUCUUGGGCAUUCUCAUUGUCCGAUGCUUCCGGAUUCUUUUGGAUCCAUAUCGAAGCAUGCCAACCUCUACCUGGGCUGAUGGACUUGAAGGCCUGGAGAAAGGGCAGUUCGACCAUGCCCUUGCUUAGGAGGGAUGGUGUGGGAUCUCCUCCUGAGGAGAUGAAGUGCUUUGUGUCUUGGCGAGGAUUCCCUUUAUUUAGUGUUCUCAACAAAUCAAAUUUAAACAAUAUUUGGUCCCAGGACCAUAAUCCAUUAUUCCAUAAAUAUGCAGUUGGGUUAAAGACAUUUGAGGAUGUUGGAAAUGGACACUUAUAUAACUAAUCCAACAUAAGAAGGUUUAAAUUUUUAUGUUUGCUCAAUGAAUGAGUACUCUUAAAAUUGUGUGAUUGUGAAACCAAGAGCGUUAAUACUGACAUAGAUUUGCCAUCAAACAAAACACCACCUGAUCUGACUAAAGAAUAAAAGACUAGAAAGGAUCUCAUUUGAAUCUGGUGACAAGGCCAGGAAGAGAUUUCCUUGCUCUAAUUAUGUCUAUAUUUGUUUUAUUUCAUGGGCACCUAUCUGGGUCCUGAGCAGAAUGAGGAAGAUUGUGCUGAAUGGACCCAAAGUAGUUUCUUGUUUUCUCCUAAAGCAGGGAGCAUUGGCAAGUAAUGGGAAAGCUUAAAAGAGAUGAUUCUGUCCUUGGUAAAUGUGAGUGAGAAUAGCGUUUUGUUUUUCAAGUAAAACUUAAUUCAAAGGCUACAAAGUUUUAAAAACUAUUUACCAAGCCAACUACAUUAUAUGUAUUCAUAUUAACAACAUGUGUAGAGGUAGCUAUACAUUACUUGAAUUUACACUUUACACAAAUGAUUUAAAAAAUAGGUUGCAAGUGCAGCUUAAAGUUUUUUUUUUAAUGAAAAGUUAAUUGUUUAGAGGAGAAGACUUUUAUAGUCUUCAGAGGAAUGUGUAUUUAUGAUUGUAUAUAGUCACCAAAUAAAACUUUUCAAGAAACAGAAAUGCUUCCUCU